UGAAUGGAUGCCGCUGUCAUCUCAAGUCAAAAAAAGCAAAUGCAUCCACAUUUAACAGUGACCAAAAUUGUUAGCUCCUCCUCAAAAGAGGUCAUCAGUCAAAUUGAUAACUGGAUCCAAUCCUUCUGCCCAUAGUAUGGGUUGUCCUGUGUCCACUCUGCUCUCUGCUCGUUUCCUUCCUCCUUUUUCUUUUUGCCGUCUCUUUAGUAGCCAAAAGAAAGAAUUUUAUAGAAGGAAAAGAGCCACAAGGAAAACUACAGAAGCAGCCCAAUGACAGGUUGACAACAGAAUGAACAGACCCCUCCCCCACUCCCCAAAUAAAAACGAAAACCCAAAGCAACAGCCCAAAAAACAGAGACCAUGUAUGCUCAUUAAUUCCAUCGCCCCUAAUCUCAUAUACAGUUUCCCCUUCACCACAGCUUUUCUGAGUGAACAAACACUGAGAGAGAGAGAGAGAGAGAGAGAGAGAGAGAGAGAGAGAUGGUUGAGUCGGUGAUUAAAAGGCCAAUUUCUGUGUCUCAGAAAGGAUUGAGAUGCAUACGAAGAGCAAUAUGGGUAGUGCUGAUGAUUCUGUUUCUGGGUAAUGUCAUGAUUUGGGUCAUCAGUCCCACCGAUGUAUAUUUGGAGAACUGGUUGAGAAGUAUCAGAGCAAAGGCAAAUUCCACUUAUUUUGGGUCACAAGGUUCAGUACUCCUCAUCCACACAUUCCCUGUUCUGUUCAUCGCCGUCUUGGGCUGCGUAUAUCUCCAUUUGGGAAACAAAUUGACCGAAAAUGAGCUCGAGAGCAAAAGACGCCUUCCGGCGAUAUUGAAACGGCCGGUGCUGGUGAAAGGGCCUCUGGGGAUUGUCUCAGGGACGGAACUAGCAUUUUUCCUCAUGUUCAUCGCUCUCCUGGUUUGGUCUUUCUCAAGUUACCUCCAUCUCUCCUUUCACAAGUGGAUCACCCCCGAGUCGCUUGCCAUCAAGAAGCAGAAACUUUGGGAAGCAAGGUUGGAGUGGUCUUCACUGUUGCUAGGAAGCGUGGGGAAUGUGUGUCUGGCGGUGCUGUUCUUUCCGGUGACGAGGGGGUCGUCGGUGCUGCCGCUGUUUGGGCUGACGUCGGAGGGGAGCAUCAAGUAUCACAUAUGGGUGGGGCACAUCACCAUGAUCCUCUUCACCGCUCAUGGCCUCGGUUACAUCUAUGUUUGGGCUGCCACGCAUCGCCUUUCUGAGGUGCUGGAAUGGAACAAGACGGGAGUCUCAAAUGUAGCAGGGGAACUAUCCCUGCUCUCUGGAUUGGUGCUGUGGGCGACCACCUUUCCCCGCAUCCGCCGCAAGUUCUUCGAGCUCUUCUUCUACACCCACUACCUCUACAUCCUCUUCAUAGUUUUCUUCGUCUUCCAUCUCGGCAUUUCUUACUCCUCCAUGAUGCUCCCUGGCUUCUACCUCUUCUUGCUCGACCGCUACUUGCGUUUCCUCCAAUCCAGACACACACUUCGCCUUGUCUCCGCUCGUGUUCUCCCCUGCCAAACUCUUGAACUCAACUUCGCCAAGACCCCAGGUUUGAAGUAUAGUCCGACGAGCAUCAUGUUCAUGAACGUGCCGAGCAUCUCCAAGCUGCAGUGGCAUCCUUUCACCAUCAAUUCCAGCAGUAAUUUGGAACCGGACGAGCUCAGCAUUAUGGUGAAAAGCGAAGGCAUUUGGUCUCAAAAGCUUUACCAGAUGCUUUCGUCCCCUUCGCCGCCGGUUCGUCUCGAGGUCUCCCUCGAAGGACCUUAUGGGCCCGUUUCAACUCAUUUCCUAAGGCACGACACGCUUGCGAUGGUGAGCGGAGGCAGCGGCAUUACCCCCUUCAUCUCAAUCAUCCGAGAGCUCAUCAUUACCAGCACCGCGUUGGGUCGCCCCACGCCGAAGCUUCUCCUCAUCUGCGCAUUCAAGACCUCUUCCAGCCUCACAAUGCUCGACCUUCUUCUUCCCAUUUCCAGCACCCAAUCGAAAAUUUCCGAGCUGCAGCUGCAAAUCGAGGCCUACGUGACCAGAGAGAAGGAGCCAGCGACGGCAAACCAGAGGGCGGUUCGGACGGUUUGGUUCCAGCCCAACCCGUCCGACGCGCCGGUCUCUGCAAUUUUGGGUGAAAAUGGGUGGCUGUGGCUGGGGUCCAUUAUAGCAUCGUCUUUUGUAAUUUACCUGAUCUUGAUCGGAGUUGUCACCCGCUGGUACAUCUACCCAAUUGAUCAUAAUACCUAUAAGAUCUACCCGUUAUCAGCACGUGCAGUUAUAAGCAUGUUGCUGAUAUGCAUCUGCAUAGCAGCGACUGCUAGUGCGGCUGUUCUUUGGAAUAAGAAACAGAACGCUGCGGAGUUGAAACACCUUCGGAAUGUGGCGGCGACGGAGGGGCGGCCGCCUGCGGCGGAGGCAUCUUGGUUCUGUGGCGGAGGUAGAGAAAUGGAAAGCGGACCACAGCAGAGUCUCGUCCAAGCUACCAAGGUGCACUAUGGUGAAAGACCUGAUCUAAAGAGAAUGCUGGUUGAUUGCGAGGGAAAGAGUGUGGGAGUGCUUGUUUGUGGACCAAGGAAGAUGAGACGUGAGGUUGCAGCCAUCUGCUCUUUCGCUUCCUCGAAUCACCUGCAUUUUGAGUCCAUCAGUUUUAGCUGGUGACUUGGAUCAUCGAGUUAAAAAUUUUAGUGGGCUGUGGAAGCUCAGGUGCUCGAGGGAAAAUAUAUUUGGUUUUCCGAAUUCGUAUCUUGCUUCUUGUACUGCCGCUUGGUGCUAUCAAAUGUAUAUGCAUUUGACUAAAGGGUCUAGCUAUAUACCUAAAGUGUGAUCAGAAGACUGUUCUUUAAGAGUGCAUAAUUUGGAUCAGUUAUAUAUAUAAAGAAAAAAUUAUUAAAAA